AUGGGCGUCAUUCGGAAGAAGACCGCGACUAGAGGUGGUGAGGGAGGCGUCAAGUAUGUCUGCGACUCCUGCUCUGCAGAUAUCACAUCAACCGUCCGAAUAAGAUGCGCUCAUCCCGAUUGCAAGGAGUACGAUCUAUGUGUGCAAUGCUUCUCGAGCGGGGCAUCCAGUGGCUCCCACCAGCCAGCAACACAUGCAUACAAAGUCAUCGAGCAGAACUCCAUACCAAUCUUUGACCCGGAAUGGGGCGCUGACGAGGAGCUCCUGUUGCUCGAAGGAUGCGAAAUUUAUGGUCUCGGAUCAUGGGCAGACAUAGCCGACCACAUCGGCGGUUACCGACACAAGGAUGAAGUGAGGGAUCAUUACAUCAAGACAUAUGUCGAAUCACCAUGCUUCCCACUGCCGAAACGAUGUCGCCCAUCCGACAUGGAACUGGCCCAGGAGAUAUCGCGCGAAGACUUUCAAGCAAGAAAGAAGCGAAGGAUCGAAGAGCGACGAGAGGCACAAAAGAACGCCGCACCACUGCCACCGAAAACCAAGCCUACAGCCAGUGUCCCGUCGUGUCACGAGGUCCAAGGCUACAUGCCCGGUCGCCUGGAGUUUGAGACAGAAUAUGCCAAUGAGGCAGAAGAGGCCGUUCAACUCAUGCAGUUUGACCCCGGCGAUGGCAUCAACCCCCGGACUGGCGAGCUGGAGCCAGAGAUGGAGCUCAAGCUCACAGUCAUGGAUAUUUACAAUGCACGCCUGACCCAGCGUGUAGAGCGGAAGAAGGUCAUUUUUGAACACAACUUGUUAGACUACCGUGCCAACAGCAAGCUGGAGAAGAACAGGACCAAGGAAGAGCGUGAUCUUCUCAACAAAGCCAAACCCUUUGCAAGGAUGAUGAAUCACGACGACUUCGAGUCGCUGUGCCAGGGAUUGCUUGACGAGCUUAAUUUGCGCCAAGCUAUCUCCCAGCUGCAAGACUGGAGGAGUCUCAAAAUUGGCGAUCUCCGCAGCGGAGAAAAAUACGAAAGCGACAAGGCUACGCGUAUACAAAGGUCGAUACCAAUGGGCUCUAUGGACCGAGAACGCCUGGCUACCCAACAGCGCUCGAAGCAAAACAUUCAGCCAGAGCCUCCGAGCGGUGCCGCUCUACUCGUUGCGCCAGAAUUGCCUUUGCGACUGGCUACAAACGGGGCAUCGGCACAAGUCGCGACGAAUGGAGAUUCGACGGCACUUACCAACGGUCAUGCCAAUGGCCAUGCCAACGGUGUUACUAAUGGCAAUGCACCAAAUGGGACUUCAACAAUUGCUAAGAAUCGAUUUGUUUCGCAACCCAUCUCUGGGGUCACCCCAUUGCCGCUGAGCCAAGACACUGCGCCGGAUGUUCAUCUGCUCACGCCAGAAGAGGUCGAACUCUGCAAAGUAUGUCGACUGCAGCCCAAACCAUACCUAAUGAUCAAGGAGCAAGUAUUCAAGGAGGCCCUCAAAGGAAACGGAACUCUGAAGAAGAAGCAAGUCAAGGAGAUUUGCAAGCUUGAUGGCCAAAAGGGAGGAAGAAUAUUUGACUUCUUCAUUAAUUCUGGCUGGAUUGGUAAAGCAUGA